UGGGAUGGCCUUUGCGGCCCAGCGCUAUCUCAUCGCAUGGAAGAUGAGAGGAAGUGGGAGAACUAGAAGGGCAGAGAGUCGUGGAAGGGAAGGGGAGAAUGGAGGGAAAGGCAUUGAAACGGGCAUCGUCAUCCAUCCAACGGCUGUUGUGGUUGAGGCUCCACUUCCGCCUUCUUCUUCAGUUCUCCUCUUCUGCAGCCUCGCCUCCUCCUCCUCUUCUUCUUCUUCUUCUUCCUCCUCCACUCUUCUUCUUCACCGCGCAUCGCUCGCUAUCCGCGGUUUACACAUCCGAUCCAAGCCUUGGACACCCCCCCAGUCCUUAUUAUCCAUCUUCCACCCCUCUGCAGAGUCGUCCCCACUGCUGUCAGCGUCACCCACGGCCGCCUGUUUCUUAACUCCACGGAUCCUUCGGGGUUAACGGCCUUUGGCGUUGCCUCAACCUUUUUGACUUGUUCCGCGGGUCUGCCUGCACUGUCUCUGCAACGCCCCCUGACAAUUCCUGCCUCAACUGCAUUUAAAUCCCCUCCCCUCCCCCCUCACGUCUGCGUCUGCCGUCUGCCGUCUGCGAGUGACAGAGC